AAAAUUAUAAGAAACGCGCGAGCAGCGGACAAACAAACAAAACAAAAGAAACGAAACGAAAGAAUAAUUUUCGAUUCUGUUUUGUUGCGCUGAUCUUGAUUGCUGCUGAUCUCUUUAUACCUGAGUUUUGCCCUCGCAGCCGGCACGUUCUUGAACAUACCCCGCUCACUCUCUGACGCGCGCGCGCUCAAACUACGGAUUUCUCUCUCUCUCUCUCUCUUGGUGCGUUGGCUGAGCAAAACAAAAACGCGCAAACAUCAUGGCCAUGUCAAAGGAGGCGGGCGUGCAGGACUUUGUGCUGCUCGACCAGGUGAACAUGGAGAAGUUUAUGGACAACUUGCGCAAGCGCUUCCAGGUGGGCUCCAUUUACACAUACAUCGGCGAGGUGUGCGUCUCCAUGAAUCCGUACAGACAGAUGAACAUCUACGGGCCGGAGACCAUACGCAAGUACAAAGGCCGCGAGCUGUUUGAGAAUCCGCCGCAUAUCUAUGCCACAGCCGAUGCGGCAUACAGAGUGCUCAAGCAGCGCCACCAGGACACCUGCAUACUCAUCUCGGGCGAGUCCGGCGCGGGCAAGACCGAGGCCUCCAAGAUCAUCAUGAAGUACAUUGCGGCCGUGACCAAUGCGCAGGGACAAAACGAAAUCGAACGUGUGAAGAACGUGCUAAUCCAGAGCAAUGCGAUAUUGGAAACAUUUGGCAACGCCAAAACGAAUCGCAAUGAUAACUCGAGUCGCUUUGGCAAAUACAUGGAUAUUGAGUUCGAUUACAAGGCGGAUCCGGUGGGUGGCAUAAUCACCAACUAUUUGCUGGAAAAGUCGCGUGUGGUGCAGCAACAGCCGGGGGAGCGCAAUUUCCACAGUUUCUAUCAGUUGCUGCGCGGCGCCAGCGACAACGAGCUGCGUCAGUAUGAUCUACAAAAGGAGACAUCAAAGUAUCAUUACUUGAACCAAGGCAGCAUGGACAUACUCAGCGAGAAGACGGACUACAAGGGCACUACGUUUGCUUUCAAGACGCUCGGCUUCCAGGCGGAUGAAGUGCACACCAUUUGGCGCACCAUUGCCUCGAUACUGCAUCUGGGCAAUGUGGAGUUUCAAACUAUUGAGGAUGAGCUGGUGAUCACCAACAAGACGCAUUUGCAGUCGGCGGCCAAGCUGCUGCAGGUCACGGAGUCGGAGCUAUCUGCUGCUUUGACCAAGCGCACAAUUGCCGCUGGUGGCAAUGUCAUGAAGAAGGAUCACGAUGCAACGCAGGCGGAGCACGGCAAGGAUGCGCUGGCCAAGGCCAUCUAUGAUCGCUUGUUCACUUGGGUCAUCUCACGCAUCAAUCGCGCCAUUCUCUUCAGAGGCAGCAAAGUGCAGGCCAGAUUCAAUUCGGUUAUAGGCGUGCUGGACAUCUAUGGCUUUGAAAUCUUCGACUCGAACAGCUUUGAGCAGUUCUGCAUCAACUAUUGCAAUGAGAAGCUGCAGCAGCUGUUCAUUGAGCUGGUGCUGAAGCAGGAGCAGGAGGAAUAUCAGCGCGAGGGCAUUGAGUGGACCAACAUUGAGUACUUUAACAAUAAGAUCAUUUGCGAUUUGGUGGAGCAACCGCACAAGGGCAUCAUUGCCAUAAUGGAUGAAGCUUGUCUGAGCGUGGGCAAUGUUAACGACGACACGCUGCUGGGCGCCAUGGAUAAGAACCUGAGCAAGCAUCCGCACUACACCAGUCGCCAGCUAAAGCCGACGGACAAGGAGCUGAAGCAUCGCGAGGACUUUCGCAUUACUCACUAUGCCGGCGAUGUUAUUUAUAAUAUCAAUGGGUUUAUUGAAAAGAAUCGCGAUACGCUGUAUCAGGACUUUAAGCGCCUGCUGCACAACUCCAAGGACGCCAAUCUCAGCGAGAUGUGGCCCGAGGGCGCGCAGGACAUUAAGAAGACCACCAAGCGGCCACUGACCGCCGGCACGCUGUUCCAGCGCAGCAUGGCCGAUCUGGUGAGCACGCUGCUGAAGAAGGAGCCGUUCUAUGUGCGCUGCAUCAAGCCCAACGACAUCAAGAGCAGCAGCAUGUUCGACGAGGAGCGCGUGCAGCAUCAGGUGCGCUAUCUGGGCCUGCUGGAGAAUGUGCGCGUGCGUCGCGCUGGCUUCGUGCAUCGCCAGCGCUACGACAAGUUCCUGCUGCGCUACAAAAUGAUCUCGCAGUACACUUGGCCCAACUUCCGCGCCGGCAGCGAUCGCGAUGGCGUGCGCGUGCUCAUUGAGGAGAAGGGCUUUGCCCAGGACGUCAAGUAUGGCCACACCAAGAUAUUCAUACGCUCGCCCAAGACGCUGUUUGCGCUGGAGCAGCAGCGCAACGAAAUGAUUCCACACAUUGUGACGCUGCUGCAGAAGCAAGUGCGUGGCUGGAUAGCCAGACGCAACUUUAAGAAAAUGAAGGCGGCGCUCACUAUAAUGCGCGCCUACAAGACCUACAAGCUGCGCAGCUAUGUGCACGAGUUGGCGCAGCGCUUCCGCCAUGCCAAGCAGCAGCGUGACUACGGACGCAGCAUACAGUGGCCCAAUCCGCCGCUCUCUGGACGCCAAGCAGCUGUGCGCUUGCAUCGCAUCUUCGAUCACUGGCGCGCUUACAUGAUUCUGCGCAAAUAUCCGCGCAGCGAGUGGCCGCAGCUGCGUCUGCAGAUCAUUGCAGCUACAGCGCUGGCUGGACGUCGUCCCUACUGGGGACAGCAGCGCAAGUGGCUGGGCGACUACUUGGCCAACUCGCUGGACAACAGCGGCUAUGAGGCGUACACAGCUAAUGUCAAGAAUCUGCGCAACAGCGGCGGCGGCGACAGCUUCCGCCAGGUGCUCUUCUCCGGCUUUGUGCGCAAGUUCAAUCGCCACAACAAGCAGGCGGAUCGCGCUUUCAUUGUCACCGAUACCAACAUCUAUAAGCUGGAAGGCAUUAAGAAGAAGUUCAAGGACAUGCAGCGCUCCAUUGCUAUAAAAGAGCUUACCUCCAUCAGCGUUACUCCUGGACGUGAUCAGCUUAUAGUGUUCCACUCGCCCAAGAAUAACGAUUUGGUGUUUUCUCUGCAAGGCGAAACGACGCAGCUGAAAGAAGAUCGCAUAGGCGAACUUGUUGGCAUUGUUUGCAAAAAGUACUACGACGCUACGGGCACAGAACUGCGAGUUAAUGUGGGCAGCAACAUUGCCUGCCGUCUGGGCGAGAAGGCGCGCACCAUUGUCGUCGAGGCUGCUGCCAAUGUGGAGACACCCAACUUUCGUCACAGCGCUGGCAACAUCAUCUUCGAAGUGCCAGCUGCAUACUGCGUUUAAAGCUUUUAACCAAACCCACACACAAAAAUUAACUUUUGUAAAUUAUGCACGCCUUUUUUAAUUGUUUAAAUCUGGCUGGUCACUGUUUUCUGUAGUUGUGCCUAUGUCUAUUGUGUAGCUAUUCUAGCUUUGAUUUGUAAAUUUUUCUAUUAAUAUUUAUGUACUCUAUAAGCAAUAUUUAUAAAGCAUUAAAGCUGGUGGAGCCGGCAGGCGAAAUGAAGCAAAGUAUAACGAGAGAAAGUAUUAAAUGUACUUUGUGCAUUUGUUAAACUCUAGCAUUAGUUAAUAUUAUUUAAGUGCACACAACACAAAAACAAAAAAAGCGCAAAAUUUCAUACAACUUUUGUACUUAAAUACAAUUUUGAUUAACAACGAAGCGUGUGCC